AUGCCCGCAACGCGCUGCCUGGAGCGGCGCGAGCUCCCGCUGCCGGCGGAUGUGGCCGAGUGGUGCCCGCACCCCGCUGCGCUGCGGGUGCUCGCCGCGGGCACCUACCAGCUGGACGAGGCCAGCGGGCAGCGGCGCGGCGGCCUGCACGUGUUCCGCCUCGCCGGCGGCGCCCUGCAGCCGCUGCCGCCGGCCGGCGCUCUCGACUUGCCCGGCGACCGGCGCACCCACGGCGCGGGGGUCACCUGCGUGGCCUCCUCGCCAUUCAGGCAGUACGACGUGUGUACCGGAUCGUACGACGACCGGCUGCGGCUGUGGGACCUGCGGGCGCCCGCCCGCCCCCUGCUGUGCGCUGAGCUGGACACAAGCGGCGGCGUGUGGCGCGCCAAGUGGCACCCCGCCGACCCGGGCCUGCUGCUGGUGGCCUGCAUGUACCGCGGAUUCGCGGCGGUACGGCUGGAGGGCGGCGCCGCGGCGCACGCGGACCGCGCCCCCGCGGAAGCUGGAGCUGGGGCUGGAGCAGGAGGAGCAGCAGCGGCAGCGGUGGCAGCAGGAGCGGCAGGGGAAAGAGGAGGGGCGUGUGGGCGGCCGCGGCUGGCGGUGGUGGCGCGGUAUGAGCACCAGCCUGGCUCCCUGAGCUAUGGCGCAGACUGGUGCCGCGACCCGACGGCCGCCGCCGAGGCGGAGGCGGCAGCUGCUGCAGCCGCUGGCGCGGCGGCAGCGGCUGAGGGGGCAGGGGGCGAUGAGCCGGCGGCGGCGGCGACUGGCGGAGAGGAGGCGGAGGGCGGCUGCGGCUGCGGGGAUGGCAGCGGCGGCGCCUGGCUGGCAGCCACAGCUUCCUUCUACGACCGCCAGCUGCACCUGUGGCGCCUCCAGCUGUGA